CAAGCGAGCAAACCACAGCGGCUGUAAAAGAAAGGAAGAGAAAAAAAAAACAGAGGCGCCUUCCUUCCCCUUGCCCUCACGGCAAGGAAAUUCCCACCUCCAAUCUCUCCCUCCGCCCGCACAAAUCUCUCCUCCUCCUCCCCCCUCCCUCCCCCCAGCCCCCGCCGCAUUGUUCCCCUGCGCACAGCCCCCCCAGCCGGCGACACGGCGCGCAGGAAGAGCGGGCGGGCGGCGGCUGCGGCGGCGGCGGGCAGGGUAGCAUCAUGUGCGACCUGGUGGCCCGCACGGGCCGGCACCAGCAGCGGUACGAGGACGGCCGUCGCCUCGUGGCAGGGUGCAUACCAUUCAGGUACAGAGCUAAUAGCGACGAAACUUCUGGUGAUGAACAGAAGAAACUUGUUGAAGUUCUCAUGAUAAACUCCCAAAGUGGACCAGGUUUAUUAUUCCCAAAGGGAGGAUGGGAGAACGAUGAAACUGUUGAACAGGCAGCUGCUCGGGAAGCUAUAGAAGAAGCUGGAGUUCGAGGAGACAUAGUGCAAUUUCUAGGUUUUUAUGACUUCAAGAGCAAGACACAUCAGGAUGCAUGCUGCCCUGAGGGUAUGUGCAGAGCGGCAGUGUUUGCGCUUCAUGUGAAGGAAGAGCUGGCCUCGUGGCCUGAGCAGAGCACCCGCCGAAGGACCUGGUUGACAGUUCCUGAAGCUGUGUCGCAGUGUCGGUACCAGUGGAUGCAAGAGGCCCUAGUCACGGGCUUCUCCAACUGGCAUGACAACUGGAGCAAAGGUGGUGGUGGUAAAGACUGCGACUCGGUCUAAAUGCAGAAACAUGUCGCUGUCCUUCGUUUUUGUUCGCCUCCUCCUCUCCUGCCCCUAGGCUCCAACCUUGCAGAUUUUGCAAUAAUACAGUGUGGUGCUUGAUGGAUGAUGCCUAGUAGGUUAUUGACCCUUCGUCUCUGGGAUUGAUAUCUAGCUUAGUAUAUCUCAUCGAAGACGAGAAUUAUCACAAAUUUUAAGUGUCAGAUUCUCGCGCCUAUUAUUUUGACAACUUCAGCUUGAUUUCUGGCUCCUGAUUUUGGAGAUGCAGACGCUAUGUAUUAUUUAACCACACCUGAAAUCAAAAGUGUACUUGUUCAGUCGACUCA